ACAAGUAUAGUGGUCAACCUGGUAGAAUAGCGCGAAGCCUGAACCGGUCCACAGUCAACAAACCCCCGCUUUGUUUUCUCUCUUCAGUUCAGACACGAAACCCAGAUUCCUUUCUUCCAAACCACUGCACCCACCGCCACGUCAAAGACCAAAUUGCCCCUCUCGCGGUGGUCUCCGAGCACACCCAGAGGCACACGCCGUUCCGCUGUUCGAUCAUCUUCUCCGAAACGUUUUAGUCCAUUUCGAGACUCCAGAAUUUCGCAAAUCGCAAUAAUAAAAUCGGCGAUUAUGCCGAUUCGGAAUCAGCUGAAUUCCAGGGUUCCGAUCAAAUUCCUCGCCUUAUGCGUCUUCCUCAGCUGCUUUCCCGGAUGCGUGCUAUCGGCGAUUGUGACGCUUGAUUCGAUUGAGAUAUACAGCACGCACGAGCUGCUGAAACAGCCGACGGUUUAUUUCAAAUGCAAAGGCGAUCAGAACAAGACGGUGUUGCCGGACGUCAAGGACAAGAAGGUCUUGUAUAAAUUCAACGGCCAAGAGUCUUGGCAGCCUUUGACGAAGCUCGAAGGUAAGAAGUGUAAGCGGUGUGGAUUUUAUGAGGAGGAUGCCAUCAAAUCGGAUGACGUAUUUGAGGAGUGGGAGUUGUGUCCUUCUGAUUUCUCCGGUAAUGAUGGAAAGUUCCGGCGAAUCACCAAAGACGAAUUCAAUGCAACGUUUUUGUGUCCAAAGUGUGACACCACUGGAUCCAAAUCCAAUAGUAAGUCUCAUGAAGAAUCAAAGGGAAAGGGAAUGCAUAUUGCUCUAGUGGUAUUCAUCAUUAUUGUCGUGAUAGCAGUGUGUAUGGCUGGAGUAGUAGUUGGAUACAAGCACUGGCAAAAGAAGAAGCGACAGCAAGAACAAGCACGGUUCUUAAAGCUGUUUGAAGAUGGUGAUGAUAUUGAGGAUGAAUUAGGGCUUGAUCAUGUAAUUUGAUAAUGACUAGUACAUUAACUUGAUUACCAUACAGUAAGUUGAUCUUACACAAAUUUUGCUGUUGUGAACAGAGAAAAAGAAAAGAACAAAUAAAAAGUUGCAUACAUAUUGUG